CAGAACACUACAACUCAUUUACCCCGAAUUGUAUAAAGAAGACACCCCUGCUGUUGCGUCUGGGAAACACAAUUCACAACACCUGGGAAUGGCAAUGGAGCACCAGUUGCAUGUGCUGUUCUUGUGGGUGGCUUUGGUUGUGAUCAGUGUUUCCGGUGCAAGAGGGAUACAGUAUAUCUCAGCAGUGGGAGAUCCAGGAAUGAGAAGAGAUGAAUUGAGGGUGGCCCUUGAAGCUUGGAACUUUUGCAAUGAAGUUGGGGAAGAAGCUCCUGGAAUGGGGAGCCCAAGAGCUGCUGACUGUUUUGAUCUUUCAGAUUUUUCUCCAAGACACAGGGUUUCAGAAGCUGAUAACAAACUUGGGGUGGGUAAAACAUUCCCGGGAUUGGGCCCGGGAGCUGUAAAUAAUGCAGACCUUUAUGCUGUACAGAAGGAGCUCUAUCUGGGUUCUUUAUGUGAAGUUGCAGAUACACCAAUUCCAUGGCAAUUUUGGAUGAUUAUGCUGAAAAAUGGUAACUAUGACACUAAAUCUGGCUUGUGUCCUGAGAAUGGGAAAAAGGUACCUCCUUUUAGUCCGGGGAGGUUUCCUUGCUUUGGGGAGGGCUGUAUGAAUCAGCCCAUAUUGUAUCAUCAACAUACACAAUUAUUAGAUGGUGAUACAUUGAGAGGAAAUUUCAAUGGAACUUAUGAUUUAGGUUCUGAUAUUAGGGGUGGACUUGAUGGAAUCUCCUUCUUUGAGGUGGUUUGGGAGAAGAAAGUUGGUGUUGGGAGUUGGGUAUUCAGUCAUAAGAUAAAAACUUCCAAGAAGUACCCAUGGUUGAUGUUGUACCUCAGAGCUGAUGCAACCAAAGGAUUCUCUGGAGGUUACCAUUAUGACACAAGAGGAAUGCUCAAAACACUACCAGAGUCACCUAAUUUUAAGGUCAGGCUGACUUUGGAUAUCAAACAAGGAGGAGGGCCCAAGAGCCAGUUCUACCUAAUAGAUAUUGGUAGCUGUUGGAAGAACAAUGGUGAUCCCUGUGAUGGAGAUGUGCUCACUGAUGUAACCAGAUACAGUGAGAUGAUCAUCAACCCUGACACUCCAGCUUGGUGCAGUCCUAAAAGUUUGGGCAGUUGCCCACCAUAUCAUAUUACUCGAGACAACAAAAAGAUCUACAGGAAUGAUACCACUCACUUCCCAUACAAAGCUUAUCACUACUACUGUGCUCCAGGUAAUGCAAAACAUUUGGAGCAACCUGUAAGCACUUGUGAUCCUUACAGCAAUCCUCAGGCUCAAGAGCUUGUUCAGCUGCUGCCUCACCCCAUAUGGGCUGAGUAUGGCUAUCCAACCAAGCAAGGGCAGGGAUGGGUAGGUGAUGCAAGAAAGUGGGAGCUUGAUGUUGGUGGGUUAUCAAGUAGACUCUACUUCUACCAGGAUCCUGGUACCCCUCCUGCUAGAAGAAUAUGGACAUCCAUAGAUGCAGGUACUGAAAUUUUUGUUAGUGACAAAGAUGAAAUCGCAGAAUGGACUCUCAGUGGCUUCGACGUUUUGAUCGACACAUCCGCAAAUUCAUAAAUAGUUUCCAACCUUUUCUUCCCAUUGUUCUCUUACUUCCAAGUCAAGCAAAAGAAAAUAAAAGGCCAAAUUGUAUUUAGAAUGGAGUAGAUAUAGAGUGUGAUAGGAUGAGGAAGCAAAAAAAAAAAAAACCGAUUAAAAUUAUACUGUCUGAGUUUCUCUACCGAAGAGAGAGCGGUUGUGUGACCAACCCGCGCUCGAUGGACUCAAACACUCUAGGCUGCCUGAGGCAGGUCAAUCCUACAUCAUGCUUUCUUACGUUAUGGUGGAUCCUCAUCUACCGGGGCCGGAAUUUCACAUUCUUGAAACAUAACAACACCCAAUUCUCAAUGCAUUGUCAAAUCAAAAGAUCUUCAAGAAUGACUCUUGUUUUUGUAACAAAUUGGAAACUUAUCCAAAUGGAAUUGUUGUAGCAGCUCUUACCCAA